AAAAGUCCUAUUUUCACGAAGAAUCUGGAAUUUGUGGUGCGACCCAUUUACUAAAAUCACGAAAAUGACAAUGUUUAAUAUCUGGUUAAGUUUUCAAACGUAUAAAUAUUUAUCAACUCACGUCCGACACCUGAACAUCGUAGAGCUAUUUUGAAUUGGCGCCAUAUAACAAGUCAAUUUUGCUUUAUCGCAUACAUUUCGGUGCGAACAUGGAAUACCGUUUAGGCUUUUGGUAUAAGCUAAACGUAUGGCAAUAGCUUGGCAGCUUAUAGAUCGCGUUAUACUUAUCCGCAAUGCGCAUAAGGAAUGAAUAGGGUGCAUCGACUUUUUGUGGCAUGAAGAGAGUGUUUAAUGAACGAGUGUCUUAAGAAGCGUUUAACGAAGCUGGCGAUUUAAAAUGAACUGUGCACACGUCUGAUCAGUGCAUAAUUGGACAUUUCAGAGUGCACGGGAAGUAGAGAAAAUCGAUUUCUUGACAAAAUGGUAGUCGCGACCCAUAAUAUCGACGGUUAGGCAACAUCGUUUUAAAAAAAACCUUUUUUUCGGUAAUCCAAUAACCUGAAAUAAUAUUUUUUUUUCGCUAAGCAAGCGUAUUUAGAUAGGUGUGAGUUUUGACUUGAAUAACUUGUAUCAAUAAGUUAUAUCUACUAUUUUUUUAAGGUAAUUAUAGAUAUAGUGUUUCCAAAGUUGAUAGAUGUUCGAUAGGCGACAAAUAUUAUCUUUUUUCGACGUAAUUCACUUUUAUGUUAAAAGGGUCUAACGUUCUCGGCUUGUGGGCGGGUGAGCGACAAACGUGGGAGAAGGAGAAAUUGGAAUAAGUGCCAUUUGCUCAAUAUUUAUCAGUAUAACAGUGUAAUUUAUACAGGGUGACCGCCUAUUAGAAGCUUAGGGAGAAACAAAAAAGACAUUGUUGAGAAACUUGGUAUAUGGCCAUUAUUGACCCCGAGGUACAAUGAUACCUUUUCUAAGUUUCUGCGCGUCCAUACAGUACUCGGUAUUGAUAUUUUCCUAGAUAAGGUACACUAACCACUAACUAACCUGCACGUUGUACUGUUUUCUUUGUAAACAGCUAAUUCCACACACUUAACUCAUUUUCCCAGAACAUGUAAACAGAUCUAGGUCUAUAUUUUGAGACAAUACUGCCGUGAAAAUGCCGCAUACAAACUCAUUGACGAUCUUUCAGCGGCCAUGUUGUGUAUUGACUGGCGCAAAGUCAUUGGUUAAAAACGAAAUUUAAAAUCUGGUGCAUGCGCAUGUUGAAUGGACAUUCUCAAAGAAAAAUUCACAUAAGCACAUAUGAAAUAUGUUUCAUUUCUUAAAAAACAGUAAGAGGUAGAUAUAGGAAUAAUCAUUUUGUAGACAAUUUGUUGUCCUAGUCAAUGGAAUUGAUAAACCUUUUUCAAAAAUGCACUUUUUCGGCAUCCCUUAUAUAAAGUAUUGUCAAUAUCACAAGUACAGUUUUUAGCUAUUAUUGGGGCAUUUUUGAAAGUGUUAAUUGAAUAAUUCAUUUCUAUACAUAAAAUGAUCAGAGUUUAACGAAGGGGGGUUAAAAAAAUCUAUUCCACAAUUAGUGGCAGUUGUUUAAAUUUUUACGUCGAAUUCGGAAAUGCAUUUUUUAAUUCCUUUAUUUAUAAGUAAACUUCUGUAUUUUUUUCGAUAAAUGAAAAAUUUUAAUUUAAAUUUAAUGAACAAAUGAAUUGUUUUAAAAUAACGAAUUAGUCAAUUUUUACACGUGAUUAAGUAUUAUCUAAAUAAUUUUAAAAUAUAAUUUUUAUUUUUGAAACUUUCUUCGAGUAUAGUUUUUGUAAUAGUUUCAACUAUUACUUAAGUGUAAAAAAAAAUAUGCAUCAUUUUUUACUAUAACACCUAUGAUCAAAGUUAAUGAUCUUAACGCAAUCUAAAUAAUGGGUGUUGAUGAUAUGUUAUUUAGAGCGCUAUUGCCACAGUGAGUUUGAUACCAAAUAAGUGAAGAGACUACGACAUCUCCAAGAAAACUCCAAUAAAAUUAGCAACAUUUUUGAAAGAGCUGUCAUAAUUAAACAAUGCGUCCACAUUGAAUUCGAUAACAAAUGUCAUUUCGUGAUCAAUUUAAAUAAGUUAAAUGUUUUAAAGUUUUCUGCACUUUCGCUACGGUGCUACGAAUUCUCCAUAUUACGAUUAAACAUCGGAGCGAAUAAUUAAAUUUUGUUUCACCCUAUAACUCAAAUCCCGGUUUUAUCGCGUUAUCUCUUUUUUGUUCCUUCCUUAUAAAAAAAGUUUAGUUAGGCAGCAUUUACUUGCGGUUGAGAGAGUGAAUUUAGGUAGCACGGUGGAAACUUUGACGCGGUAUUUGCAAUUUGCCGAUUGAAAAUUUGAUUUGUCAUUGGAUUCUCACCCAAGCCGAAGUUCUUAUUACUGAUUCUAUUUUGUCAGUUUGGUGCUCCGAAUUUUGGUCAGAAAACGGCUCCGUGUCUUAAGUGAUAUAUACAACAUAGUACUCCGACUGAGAUUGUUGAAGACCAAGAAGCCAUCUUGCUUUACUCGCUGUCAUCCCCAGUGUUGUACGGUACCCGGUUAGCGGCGGUUCGGCACAGAUUCCCACAGCGAUCCUGUAGAUUCAGAUGGUAAAGAUGGAAUUUAAUUUGAAUUUCAACAGUUAAAACAUGAUCUAGGUUUAGGUGAAUAUUAUCGGCGAAUCCUGGCUCGCGAGAGUACACCAGGUUUAUUUUAUUGCCCGAUUUUUCGGAAAUGUUAUAUCAUUGUAUUAAAUGUUAACUGAACCUGAUCAACUGUUUUAUUUCCCACUGCAUAGUGUAAUUUCCAGAUCCGACAGACUCCACUGGCCAAGUCGGCGCAUACUUCUGUUAGUAGCAACUCAAAAGUUACGUAACAACGGCUACGAUUUCUCUGCGCGUAGUUAGGCAACCAACAGUGCUGGUACGCGCGUGGCUUGUUAUAUUUAGUGGUUCGAAAAGAACAUGUAGGCACAGGUAAUUUUUCAGGCAUGUUUAAUGUGACUUUUUAUACGGGCGCUUCGACGUCCCGUUUCUUCAAAAUGGAACAGACUAUCCCUUCGUCGCGGCAGAAAAAGAAAACCGAUCGGAAAGUCGAAACGCGUCGAAACCUGUUGACCUUGAAUCUGCUAACCUCCAGCAUCAUCCUCCAUCGAAGGACGGACGCGAGGGAAUAAGCAGCGAUCGAGGACGCCUCUGUCGGACGUUUUGGCAGACUGGGCGGCGCCUGGCAUGUCCGACGACGACGGCGCCCCUUAACCAAAUCGUCUCCGACACCCGUAGCAUCCGCACGCGUUUCCAGUUUCCAAAGAUCGCGUUACGCGACCAUCUAGCUACCAAAACGCUUCAUUUAUACGCGAUGUAGAUCGCCCAACGGUUUCGUGUGUGCAUAGAAAUCUGCAAAAACGAGAAAAUGAAAACUUAAAAACGUAAAAAAAGUGCGCGGAGGAGAAAAAAUAUCGGAAAAACAAGCGGCACCAUGAGCGGAGGAAAUGUUGACGACCCCAGGUUUUGGUAUAACUCUUCCGCUCGUAAUUCGACAGGCGAGGAGCAAAACUACACCGCUAGAUACGAGUCUUACAUGCUCGUGUUCGACGACAUCGAUCAGUAUUUCAACAAGAUAAACUUGUCGAACGCGUCGGACGCGACCCUCUACGAGCAACAACAUUUCAAUUGCACUUUUUCUACUGGCAACAACGCAACGAACUCGACUUGCGGCGUUUACCAAGCAGACGAGUUGGACAGAAACUAUUGGGCUUUGUUACUCGUUCUUUUUCCCAUUAUCACGCUGUUCGGCAACGUUCUGGUUAUUUUGAGUGUGUAUAAAGAGAGAACUUUGCAGACGGCUACGAAUUAUUUCAUCGUCAGUUUGGCACUGGCGGAUCUUCUGGUCGCCGUCGUGGUGAUGCCGUUCGCUGUUUACGUAUUGAUUGGUGCUUAAAACCGGUAAAGGUAAACACGUCGAUUUUAACGAAUUAAACACGAAGAGUCCUACAUUGGCACCCUCGGCCUGAAAGGAAGGGGUGAAUGUUUUUUCAACGUCUAAACAAAUUUGACGGCGUCCACAUAUGGCGGAAAAGCCGAGGACUUUGUGCUGUUUGUUUUUUGACGGCCGUUAUUUUUGAAGUGUUUUUUUAAUAAUCGGUCCUGCGAGCCGGAUGAAAAUAUUCACAAUAUGUGUGUACAAUGUGUAUGUAUGACUAGAAAAAUCCUUUAAUCGAGAGAGUAAAUAUUAGAUUGUUUUUCCCAACCAGAAUCCAACUAAUUUAUUUAAGCUAAUCAUUUAUUAUUCAUUUAUUCGCUAUAUAUUUACAAUAUCUUGACUGAAAAUAUACUUUUUUAACUAUUUAACGCCUAGUUAAUAUAAAAAACUUAUCCAGCUACCGUCCAGCA